CCGAACUCGAUCCCUCUCGUUUGCUGGUAUACCAGGGAACACUACAAUUCAAUCCAAUUGAAUACAAUACGGCCUCACUGACUCACUUCCAAGUCGUCGGAGCUAUAGCCAUGGAUAAUUUUGCCAAUCUCUCCUCUCCACGACUCAUUUCUUCGAUAGCCCUCUCCCAAUCUCCAUUCUUACAGUAAGAAUUUGAAACUCCCGAAAUCCUUCCCAGGUGCUCUACAAUGGCUAAUUUGCCCCACAAAUUGCCCAGAAAGGCUUUCUUUAUUUACUUGAUGAUUUGCUUGCUCAGCCUCAUCCCAAUAAUUGAAGGAGCUGACCCAAGUUUCCGAUUCAUAGACUGCCCAAACACGACCAAUACUUACGCUCCAAACAGCACCUACCACACAAACCUCAACACCCUCUUGUCUGUUCUCUCCUCCAACUCCAACAACACAUCCACCGGCUUUUACAACUUCACUGCCGGCAGCAGCCCUCCCGACGUCACCUACGGCCUCUUCCUCUGCCGCGGCGACCUCACCCCCGCCGCGUGUCAAGACUGCGUCGCUUACGCUUCCAGGGAUAUAGUCGAACAGUGCCCCGAGUCGAAGCGGGUCACGAUUUGGUACGACGAAUGUAUGUUGAGGUAUUCCAAUGCGUCCAUCUUCUCUAUUAUGGACACAAAAGGGGGAUAUUUGUGGAAUACGCAGAACGUGACGAAUGCGACCCUGUUAAACGAAGUUUUGGGAAAGGUAAUGGGCGAUAUAACCAAUCGGGCUUCAAUUGAUGACUCCGGCAAGAAAUUCGCGACUGGAGAAGCCAAUUACUCACCACUUCAAACGUUGUAUGGACUAGCACAAUGCACGCCAGAUUUGUCUGAUUCUAACUGUAAUAUAUGCCUUCAGAAUUGUAUCGCUUUCUUUCCAACUUGUUGUGAUGCAAAACAAGGAGGGAGAGUUCUGUUUCAGAGCUGUAAUGUCAGGUAUGAAAUGUACCCCUUUUACAAUGCCAGCGUCGGUGCCGCUCCGCCACUGCCUUCACCAGCCCUCCCUCCUCCUCCUCCUCCUAGCACUACAACUAGGAGCAGCCCUGGAAAUGGGGGAAUCUCAUCGAAAGUAAUCAUUGCCAUUGUAGUUCCAACUGGGGUUGCCAUUAUGCUUUUCAUAGCAGGUUUCUAUUGCCGAACUAAGAGGGCACGUAACAAUAAUAAUUCUAAAAGAGAAGAAAAUGUUGGGAAUGAUAUCUCAACAGUUCAGUCCUUGCAUUAUGAUUUGGGAACUAUUCAAGCUGUGACAAACAACUUCACAGAUGAUAACAAAAUUGGUGAAGGUGGAUUUGGUCCAGUCUACAAGGGCUUACUUCCAAAUGGACAAGAGGUAGCUGUGAAAAGGCUAUCUCGAACUUCAGGGCAAGGUGCACAAGAAUUCAUGAAUGAGGUGAUAUUGGUAGCCAAGCUUCAGCAUAGAAACCUAGUGAGGCUAUUGGGAUAUUGCUUGGAAGGAGAAGAAAAGAUACUCAUUUAUGAGUUUGUUCCCAACAAAAGCCUAGACUACUAUUUAUUCGACCCACAACUGCAAACGGAGUUGGAUUGGUCAAGACGUCACAAGAUUAUAGGAGGGAUAGCCCGGGGCAUGUUGUACCUUCAUGAAGAUUCCAGGCUUACGAUUAUACACCGCGAUCUCAAAGCUAGCAAUAUCUUGUUAGAUGGUAAUAUGAAUGCGAAAGUUUCAGAUUUUGGCAUGGCUAGGAUCUUUGGUGUUGAUCAAACUCAAGGAAGUACAAGUCGAGUUGUUGGAACAUUUGGUUACAUGUCUCCAGAGUAUGUAAGGCAUGGACAAUUCUCUGCAAAAUCUGAUGUGUUUAGCUUCGGUGUGUUAGUUCUGGAGAUCAUUUCUGGCAAAAAGAACAGUAACUUUUACCAGUCAGAUGGUGCUGCGGACCUUCUGAGCUAUGCUUGGAAACUCUGGAGGGAAGGAACGUCCUUGGAUUUGAUGGAUCCAACUCUUGAAGGGUCCUAUGCAAGAAAUGAAGUCACGAGAUGCAUCCAUAUUGCCUUGUUGUGCGUCCAAGAUGAUCCAGCCGCCAGGCCUUCCAUGGCAACCAUAGUUCUGAUGCUCAAUAGCUAUUCCAUUACUCUUGGAAUUCCUCAACAGCCUGAAUUCCUGGGUCGGAGCAGAACAGGGUCGCAUAAUGUUAAAAGCGUAGAGUCGGAUCAGUCUUCGAGCAAGUCAAUACAAUGGUCUGUGAAUGAAGCAUCCAUUACUGAACUAGACCCCAGAUGAUGCGAGAAAUCUAGGCGAAUACAACAAAUCAGUGUGUGAUCUAUGGCGUGCGAUAAAUAACCUAAGAGUCUCGACGUGAAAGAUUUAUUGACAUGUUUGAGAGAUUUAGAAUAUGUAAUUGCAUUUUUAUUACAGUACCAGACCAAUAUAAGUUUUAUAAAUU